AUGACUGCCGACACAGAGAAUAGAACCCCUUCACCAAGUUUGUCGGCGAACAUGGUGGGGAAAACGGCAAUCGUUACAGGCUCAUCUCGAGGAAUUGGCGCCGCCAUUGCUCUAGAACUCGGUCGCAGGGGUGCAACUGUCAUAAUAACGUUUUCCGGUGAAGGAUCUCGAAAGCCAGCGUCGAACGUGGCCGACGCAAUUGAGCGCACAGGCUCAAAGGGAAGAGGAAUCACAGUGAAGGCCGAUAUUACAGCAGUCAUGGACCGCCAGGGGCUCGUCGACACGGCAGUGAAGGCGAGUCCAAGCGGAUUAAUUGAUAUGGUGGUUCACAAUGCAGGUGAUGGGGAGGAUUCCUAUCUCUCUGAUGUCACGCCUGAGUUCUUCGAAAAGCUGGUGGGCGUAAAUUUGAAAGCUCCUCUAUUCUUGACUCAGGCUGCUAUUCAUCAUAUGUCGAGAGGGGGCAGAAUCGUUCUGAUUACAUCUGCCGCCGCUCGGAUGGGUGUGGCGGAAACCUCGGUCUAUGCGGCGACAAAAGCCGGAAUGGAGGCAUUUGCGCGCGUCUGGGCGACUGAACUGGGACAGUCUAAGGGAAUCACUGUCAAUUGCGUGAGUCCAGGUCCUAUCGCGACCGACCAGUUCCACGCCAGCACCCCAGAGUUCAAAGCAGCGUUACAGCCCAUGAUCGAAAGUACACCAGCCGAGGCACGGAUAGGUGAGGUCUAUGACAUUGCACCAUUGGUCAGCUUUCUGUGCUCGGAGGAAAGCCGGUGGGUUACCGGGAGUGUUAUCAGUGGGACUGGCGGAUUGCUUCUCUUCUAG